AUGGCAUUAGAUUCUGCAAUGUGCUCUAAUGUUUGGCUGAUUGUUGUGGCUAACGUCUUUCUCGAUCCUGUAUUUGUAGUUGGUGGAAAGAAGAGGGUGUUAGAUUCCAAUUCAGAUGGUAAUAAAAGAAGUAAAACCUCCACCACUGGAAUGGAUGUCUCCACAUUGAAUGAAAUGGUAAAAUAUAACCAACAACAAUUUUCUACGAUUACUGAUAGUGACCUUUCCAUAGAAGAAAAGCAAGAAAAAUUGAAGAAAGUUAUUGAGAGACAGUCUAUGUUGUUAGAAAUGCAGAGUGAAAUGAUAAAGAAUGAGCAAUAUUCAGAUGACCCUAUGGAAGGCAAAGACAGUGGUAGUGCUAGGGGAUCUCAUAUGGACAGGGGUCCUCCCAUGGGAAGAGGACCACCUAAGCGUAUGGGACAUCCAAUGGGUAUGGGACCUCCAAUGAGUAUGGGUCCUCAAAUGGGAAGGGGUCCACCAAUGGGAAGAGGUCCACCUAUGGGAAGAGGUUCCCCAAUGGGAUUUGAGCCACCUAUGGGUAUGGGUCCUCCUAUGGGAAGAGGUAUGGGUGGGCCACCUAUGAUGGAUGGUGGAAUGCAUAGAGGAGGUGGUGGUAUGAUGGGUCUGGGAGCUCGAGAUUUCAGAAAAGGAUUUAAUUUCAACCAACACUUUAUGAAUUAUGAUGAUGCUCCACCACCACAAUCUCAAAACAUCAGCAUUGAGGAGAAGUUCAUGUAUUUUAAAGAUCUACUAUUGGAUCAGUUUGAUCCAGCUUUGACAUGUUUCCAAAUGAUAGAAAAAGGACGUAGAAGUAUUGAUGAUGUUAUGAUGAAGGUUCGCACAGAUUAUCGAUUUGACCGACAUGAUGACCAAGAAGGAUCAGAAAUUCAUGGUAAACUGAAGAUUUUGGGCGUUGCUAUUGCUAAGGCUUGUGGAAGUCAUGAAAAGAUGGUUCGUGAGGAAGUCUUUCGACGAGCCUUAUAUAUUCUUCAUACCAAAACAGUUAGUGAAAUCUUACAGAUAUCAAAUGAAGAAAAUGAAAGUGAACGACCACUGAAGUUUGUGUACAGCUAUAGUAAACAACAGUUAUUAAAACUUUACAGAAAGAUGCCAAAAACUGACAAUCCAAGAGACAUCAUACGAGAUUUGGACUUCAUUUGUUCCAUGACUGGUAUACAAAUUACCUGUGUUCUAUAUCGAGGAGAUACAGAAGAAAAUAAAGUAAAGUGUGAUGUGUAUACAGAUGAUUGUUUUCUGGGCUCUGGUGAAGGACUAGAGAGAAAAGAAGCUAUCAAGAAGGCUUAUCUGAAUGGUUAUGAGCGAUUACGUUCUAAAACUUUAGAUGAAUUAGUCAAUGACUACAAGAAAUUGAUUGUAUUAAAUCGCCAAGAUUCCAAAAUUCUAGAUAUUUUGGUAAAGGGAAGGUUCUAUGAAGUUGGUAGUAAUAUUGGAGGGUUGAUCUCGAAAAGAGCUAAGGAAGAUCAAGGUUCAGAUGGACAAAAUGAAGUGGUUGUUAUGAUUCAGACUGGUGAACAGGAACCAGUACCAUAUAAAGUAUUAGAAACCACAGCAACAGCUAAUAAUCUAUUGGUAGAAUACGUUCUUCAUUCUUCAGAUAAAGUUAGAGAUUGUAAAGACUUUAGAUGUUUGAUGUACAUUAAUGGUAAACUGAUAUCAUGUUCCAUUGGUCAGAAUAAACCACAAGCUAAAUUUAGUGCUGCUGAAUGUGCUGUUAGAGAAUUAACUUGUAGAUAUUCAUUAAUAGAGUACAUAACAAGGAGAUAUAUAGCUACUACUUCUAAUGAAGAUCUGAUAGAGAUGGCCAUGACUUUAAAACGAUCUGGUAGAGAUAUUAAAGAUGAAAUUCCUGCAGAAUUUAUAAAUAAUCCAACUGGUGAUGAACUGGACCCAUUUAUCUACAGAAUAUUGGAAAAUAUGAUUCUGGACUACUCAAGUUUGGAAACUUUAGAGGAACUCAUCUUUGGACCAGAUCUUCCAGACCUGGUGCUUGAACAUUUGGUGAAGAAGUGUAAAGAAUGGAAUGUGGAUGGUAAUAAGAGAACUACUGGUGGACAUAAUUACCUUGUUAUGCACAAGAUUAAACAGUUCUCAGCAUCACAAAUGUGUGAUUACCUCCUAUCACAGCCCAGUUUUACUUGUGGUCGGUACUGUUUAAUUCAUAUGAGACAACCUAAAGGACGUUUACAGUUCCUCAAUGAAUGUUCUAGUGACAUUAAGAGAUAUAUGAUAUCAGAUGAUGAUGAUAAUAGAGAUAUUCCAGAUGAUUUGGGACUUUUUGAUUGAGUGUUCAUCACUAUAUUUUAUAAGCAUAAGUAUUUUUGAAUGAAAAAAGAAUAUUUGUCGUAAUGUAUGUUCAAUUUUUGUUUAGAUUCAAGUUUUAAUGUUAAUUCAAAUAAGACAAUGGUUUUAUUUGUUCUAAAAGGGAUUUUGUUUUUUAGGAAAAAUCUCAAUAUAAGAAAUAUUGAUUAUGCAAUAGUUUGAAGUUUUAUUACCAGAAAAAGACAUCUGUGAACAUAUUAAGCAUGGUGCUUGAGAAGAUGUGUAAAUAUCAAUCAGAUCCAAUUGUUUGUCGUUAAAAUGUCAACCUUUUUAUUUCAUCUCCAAUCAGCCAUUAAAUUCAACAUAAUAGAUGAAUAGUAAUUGUUAAAUGUAUUUUAUCAGCUCUUAUAAUGAAAAUAUAAUAUCAGGAAAGAUGAUAUAAAAAUUGAAUGUGUAACUUUGUCUAUGUUAAAUAAUGACAUAUUAUAAUAUCAUGGUCU